UUACAGGCGUCGAGGGGGAGGGAAUCGACGGUUGACUGAAGAGAAGCCCAGGCUCGCGUGUUGCCUUAACGUCCAGGCGGCAGCAGCAAGCAGCAGCGUCCGGCUCCGCCUGCCCGAUCUGCCCGCUGUUGCGCGGAGCUCCGGAUGCUCCUUUCCCUCCUCCGCUCCUCCGUUUUCCUUCGGCGGAUUUAUGCUCAUGCUGCUCGGAACCACAUCACGGUAGGUUAGCCGCCUCAGCGAGCACACCGCACCGCACGCCGGAGUCGAUGGAGAAAAUAAGUUGACUGCCUCCGGAAGAAUUUGUUUUCCUCGCCUCGAGGAAGGGAAAAGGGGGGAUUUUUUGCUCGUUUCGUCGACGCGAUGGGGGCUUCAGGACCGGAGGAGCUUCGGCGAUUUUGACACGGCGAGAGACGCCACCUUUCAGAGAGAUAUUUUCUUUUCGAGUCCACCAAAACAGCCCCCUCGGUUCCGGAGUGCCGUCCACCAUCCACCCAGCCAGCCUUCCCUGCUCGGUACAUGGUCGCUCUCCGGCGCUCCAUAACGCACCGUCGGGGAUAUAUGGAGGGGAUUUCGUUCACUUGCAGCCCUGAAAGCGAGUGAGUUUAGCCGGCUAGCGAGCACCAGGGUCAGUGGCGGUGGCCUUGGGCGAGAAUCCAGUCCUAACUUCUCCAAAAAAACUGCAUGCAGCCUCCUCCGGCCGUGGAAGCAGCCUCGGCUCCGGACCAGCCAAUAUGGCCAAUGUGAAGAAGUCUAAAAGAUGAAUGUUGCAUUCCCCACUUAACCCACAUUCAGUUUCGCACUCAGAAAAAGAGGGAAACGAGGGCCCCGGGUUGUUUCGAGCGCGGAGAGCUUCGCCACCUCCACCAUGAGGGAGAUUUAAGGCCGUGCAGGAUCUCUGGACUGAGGGGGGAGUGGGAUUUUUGUUCGUCACAUCAUCGUUUUGUUUUAUUUUCAUUUCUUUGGUUUAGUUUUAGCCUUGUUUUCCUCCAGUGAGGGUCAUUCUGGAUGUGCACGGUCGUGAUUGUUGUGGUCUGCUUUUGGAAAAUAAAUUUGUGGUGCUUGGGCACAGAGAGCAGAUUUCCCAGAAGUAGGUCAGAUCAUAUGGAAGAUAACGCAUAGAGUUGGCUCUAUGAGAGUGAGUGCACUCAUGUUAGAACGACAUCUUGUCACACUUCUUUUGAUCUGUUCCAAGCAGUUUUGUUUGGAUUUCCAUAUGUCCAUUGGAUAGAUGGCAGGCCAAUGAUAGUUUGACGACCGCUGCUGCUAUCUCGACAGCCUCCCAUCUCUUCGCCCGUUUGAUCUCUUCGGAGACCCCAUUUUCGCUCUUGCCCCCUCUUUUUGUGUUUUCUUUUUUUUUUGCCUCCCCUCUUUUUUCUGGCUGUUGAGUGAAUGGCUCUUUGCGGGACGACGGCGACCAAUGCCGCAAAAAUGAUGGCAGCGUACAGCGGCGGCGCUUCGGCCGUGGCGGCCCAUCACCCGCACCACCACCACCAGCUGCCACACCUUCCGCCUCCCCACCUGCACCACCACCACCACCCGGGCCAGCACCACCUGCAGCACCCCGGCUCGGCCGCGGCCGUACACCCCGUACAGCAGCAGCACGCCUCCGCUGCUGCUGCGGCGGCCGCCGUCAUGCUGAACCCGAGCCAGCAGCAGCCGUACUUCCCUUCGCCUGCUCCCGGGCAAGCCCCCGGCCCUGCAGCGGCAGCGGCACCAGCCCAGGUCCAGGCGGCGGCGGCGGCGGCCGUCAAGGCGCACCAUCAUCACCACCAGCACGCUCACCACCUGCAGCAGCAGCUGGACAUCGAGCCGGACAGACCCAUCGGGUACGGAGCGUUCGGCGUGGUCUGGUCAGUGACUGACCCCAGGGACGGCAAGCGCGUGGCCCUCAAAAAGAUGCCCAACGUCUUCCAGAACCUCGUCUCCUGCAAGAGGGUCUUCCGUGAACUGAAGAUGCUCUGCUUCUUCAAGCAUGAUAAUGUCCUGUCAGCUCUGGACAUCCUGCAGCCCCCCCACAUUGACUAUUUCGAGGAAAUCUAUGUGGUGACAGAGCUGAUGCAGAGUGACCUGCAUAAAAUCAUCGUGUCUCCUCAGCCCCUCAGCUCCGACCAUGUCAAAGUCUUUCUCUACCAGAUCCUCAGAGGUUUGAAGUAUCUGCACUCUGCUGGCAUCCUGCACAGAGACAUCAAACCUGGCAACCUUCUGGUCAACAGCAACUGUGUGCUCAAGAUCUGCGACUUUGGCCUUGCUCGGGUGGAGGAGCCUGACGAGUCGCGUCACAUGACCCAGGAGGUGGUUACGCAGUACUACCGUGCCCCCGAGAUCCUGAUGGGCAGCCGCCAUUACUCCAACGCCAUCGACAUCUGGUCUGUGGGCUGCAUCUUCGCCGAGCUGCUGGGCCGACGCAUCCUUUUCCAGGCCCAGAGUCCCAUCCAACAGUUGGAUUUGAUCACUGAUCUGUUGGGGACGCCGUCUCUGGAGGCUAUGAGGACAGCAUGUGAGGGGGCAAGAGCUCACAUCCUUAGAGGACCCCAUAAACAGCCUUCACUUCCUGUCCUCUACACCCUGUCCAGUCAGGCCACCCAUGAGGCAGUUCACCUGCUCUGUCGGAUGCUGGUCUUUGACCCGUCAAAGAGGAUCUCAGCGAAGGAUGCUCUUGCACACCCGUACCUGGAUGAGGGGCGUCUACGCUACCACACCUGCAUGUGCAAGUGCUGCUACACCACCUCCUCCGGCCGUGUGUACACCAGCGAUUUUGAACCCGUCACCAACCCCAAGUUUGACGACGGCUUCGAGAAGAAUCUAACAUCGGUCCGGCAGGUCAAAGAGAUCAUUCAUCAGUUCAUCCUGGAGCAGCAGAAGGGGAAUCGGGUACCUCUCUGUAUUAAUCCUCAGUCUGCCGCCUUCAAAAGCUUUAUCAGCUCUACAGUAGCGCAACCCUCUGAGAUGCCUCCGUCUCCUCUGGUGUGGGAGUAGCUGAUGAUGACGAGGAAGAAGACGAUGACGAAGACGAAGUGGGUGGUGGUUACCCUUUCAGCGGUCCCCUCCGCGCAAACACCCCGCGCAACCCUGGACUACUGACGCCCAGGCAUCCCCAAAAACCUGCGUAGCAUUUCACUGGAGUCUAGCACUAGCAAAAGUUGCUGAUGAGUGUACUGUAAUACUAACUAAAAAUGAAGUUCUAAAGAACCAACCACUGCUGUUCGGGUCAAGGAGGGACACAGGGAGGGAGGGGGAGGGGGUGGGGUGUUAACGUACAGUAGAAGUAUUCCCACUAGUAUGUAGGUAUACAGAGGUGUGAGAGAAGUGCACAUGCGCACGUAUAUAUAUAUAUACACACGCACGCGUGCGAGUGCAGCCGGACGAAGACGGCCUGCAUGGACUCCGUGUGGUGAAGUGGUCAGGGCGGCGUCCCUGAAGGAAGGCUCUUUCUGUUCAUCCACUCAUGCUUUAUUUAUUCAGUAAUAGAGGGAACGCCUGCAAUUUCUCCACAUCGCAUGGAGGCACCACGGCACUCUCCACCUCCACCUCUCUCUCUCCCUCUCACUCUCUUUGUCUCUCGCUCUUUCCCAUGCCUAACCUUUCCCUCAGAACUGUCCUGCAUUUUGUCCAGCUUGGGUCGCUGUUAAUUUAUUUAAUUUUCAGCCGUAGUGUCAAAUAAAUUUUAUAGCGUUUGUUUAUUUUAUUUUAGGUUUUACAUCCUUCUCAUUCUUUACUUUCUCUUAGAAAUCUCAUAAAUCAGUAUUUGCAGACUUGUGUGACAGUGCAGAGAUACUGAUGGCAAGGCCACAUGUAAGACUGCUGACCGUGGUGGGCAUGCUGGGCUGGUGGUCCUGUCAGUAUUUCGGCCAGUUUGUACUGAAAGGUAAUGCAAAAGCACGGCCAGGCUUAAACCGCCAGGACCCUAAUCAUGAUGACUGAAUGGGACAAAAGACAGGGCCACCACAGGCCUAUAUACCCCACCUCCCCCCCAUUUAAGCAUUGGGGGCAAGAGAGUGAUGUGGCCUGUAGAAUGAGGGACCCACAGUUAAGAUCUGAGGAGAUCUCUGGAGCGUCCUACAGGCCCACACUGGAGUUCAUUAGAAAAGUGGGGUAAAAAAAGCAUGAGGAGGCAUCUCACGUAAUAUUCAGCUGCCAUCCUAAUAUAAUAUGACUGAGCACUCCAAUGCCAGUCAUGGCUUAACGAAAAAAUAAAUAAAUAAAUAAAAACAGCUACUAUAGAAGGAAUAUGGAAGUUUGCUUAUUUAUGAACCCGUACAGUAUACAAAUGAACCAAACCUAAAUCGAAAAGACUGAACCGAAGACAUCAGAAGGAGAUAACGUGAUGCGAUAAACAGCCAUUCCGUGAUAACGAACAUAUAUUCCCAAAACUUGUUCUUUAAAAAGACGAGUGCACCAUUGUGUGAGUGAAUGUGCAUGUAUGAAUCCAAAGCAUGUUUCUGGACUGGCCAUGGAGUCACUAUGGCGAUUGCCAUGGAACCUCAGUUCCACGUUCCCAACCCUCUAGGCCCUUCCUGCGCUUUUUUUUUUGUUGUUGUUUUUUGUUUUGUUUUUCCUGAAGAAAGCAGGGAGGGAUGAUUAGUUUAUGAAAGCAAAUAGUCAUUCGAGCAAAUGAGUAGUUUCACUUACAUAUGUUUCACACUGUCUGUACCGCAAUCUCUCCGAAAAAAAAGGAAAAAAAACCUCUUAAAAUGAAAAUAUUUAAUAUAUUUUUAGAUGACUAUUUUUAUUUCUUCCUUAAUGUGCUAUGGCAUGCUUUCUCAUGAUCCACUGAAUAUGGUAUGUAAAUAAGUGAGUAGUUGAUAGAUUUCAAUGGAAAAUAAAACUACAGUGAAGCAAAAGAUGUGCCGUAAAAAAAAACAACAAAACAAAAACAAAAAAAAAAACAACAAAAUAAAUAAAAAUAAUAAUAAAAUCACAAGACAAUACUGCUGUACAGAGGUUGAAUUAGCCUGCACAUUUUUAGGGCUGUGAAAUUUGAUUUUAUUUUUUAUUUUUUGCAUAUAAUUGUAAAUAUUUUUUUUCUUUUUUUUUUCUUUUUUUUCGAGUUUUUGUUUUUCCCUGCACUAAAAGUGUAGAUAAAGACGUAAUCCAAAACAGUAUGAUUAUGGAAACAAACAACACAUAACCAAUUAUGUUAAUUGUGUCUUGUGUGUACUGCAGAAAAAGAGCUGUGGAUAUGAGUAGUCUAAUGAAGUAGAACCCUUUAUUAUUAUUAUUAUUAUUAUUAUUAUUAUUAUUAUUUCAUUUACUUUAAAGAAACACUGAACUCGUUGUGUAUAUGUAUAUAAUGAAUUCACAUUGUUGGUCUCUACCUCUGGAGCUCAAUGACUUGGUUGUUUACCUCCACACGUUUUUAAUUUAAUGUGGAGAUUUAAAACUUGAAUGUCCCUUCCAACUUUUAUAUUCCUAUAAAACCCUGUGCAAAAAAUGACAAAAAAAAAAAAAAAUCAUUCAAAUUGCAAUUAGUUGGAGGUGGGCCCAUCAUAUCCUUGUACAAAAUUCCAUAUUCCCACGUAUUCCCAACUCAGUGUUUUUCCGACUGUUAGAUCACACCAGUCAUUUUUUGUCAUGCCAGAAGACCCACAUUGAUCGACAUGGUUGGUGUCCUUCACUGAAAGAUGUCGCAUUCGAAUCAGAAGUCCAAACCCAUGGCGAUGCUAAAAUAUAAGAGCGAGUGCAGCCUAUUGAAGAUAACCACGCAAAAUUAAACAGAGUGUUGGCGAAAAAGAGACUAACCUGUAACUUCUGUUGGGCCAAUUUGAAAAGGUACUACUCAUGCUGUCAAAGGUUUUUAUAAGACAUUUGAAGUUUAUACUCAGAGGUAAUGGUAUUUGCAUACAUUUUACGACAUAUAUGAUUAUAAUAAGAAGAUAGCUUUCGAUGGCCUGAAAAACAGAGGUGGUGAUUCAGAGGAACCGGGAGGGUUCUAGAUGUAUUAUGUGUUUGAAAAAAGCGGCCGGUCUCUUUUCAAAGUGUAGAUUUGAAGUACAGUGGUGAAGCUCAUUAAAUAAAUGUUGACAUUUAUGGAAAUGAAAA